CAAGGCAGCUGGCAGAGAGACCGGUAGCCGCUCAGAGAAAAUAUAUACAAAGAGAAACUUUUGGAAGUGCCAAUUGUCAUGCUUUUGCUGUUAAUUUAAAGAAAAAAAGGGAAUGAAUCUCCUUUCACUUGAAGUUGUUUGCACCAUAACCGGUUUUGAGGAGGCGGCGAGGCGCGGCGGCAGAUGGGAACACACAGCAGCAGCGCCAAACUCACAAUGCACCCGGAGUGAACAGAGGCAGGGAGACAAUACCGAUCCGCGGUUACACUGAGGAGCUGCGAACUCUCAUCUGGGCUUUUUCUUUUCAAAACCCCGUUCCAGUGUGGCUUCCACCAGGUCUACGGACGAUUUUUUUAUUUUAUUGUUUUGCCCGAUUGUGACAACAUUGACUUCGCUGCGAGGGCAAGCGGUUUGAUCUCAAAACUCAGCCAUGACGUCUCCGGCGAAAUUCCGAAAGGACAAGGAGAUAGUGGCCGAAUAUGAAACUCAAGUUAAAGAGAUCCGUGCCCAGCUGGUGGAGCAGCUAAAGUGUCUGGAUCAGCAGUGUGAGCUGAGGGUGCAGCUGCUGCAGGACCUGCAGGACUUCUUCAGAAAGAAGGCAGAGAUCGAGGUGGACUACAGCCGCAACCUUGAGAAGCUGGCAGAGAGGUUCCUCACCAAGACCCGCAGCACCAAGGACCAUCUACUCAAGAAGGAGCACAGCAUUCUAUCCCCCGUGAACUGCUGGAACCUGUUGCUGCUUCAGGUGAAGAGGGAGAGCCGCGACCAUGCCACGCUGUCCGACCUCUACCUCAACAACAUCAUCCCCCGAUUCGCACAGAUCAGCGAGGACUCAGGACGCCUCUUCAAAAAGAGCAAAGAGGUCGGCGUACAGCUGCAAGAGGACCUGAUGAAAGUUCUUAAUGAGCUUUACACGGUGAUGAAGACGUACCACAUGUACAACACUGACAGCAUCAACGCAGAGUCCAAGCUGAAGGAAGCGGAGAAGCAGGAGGAGAAGCAGAUGGGGCGCUCCAGUCGACAAGACGACCGGCAGACACCGCGCUCCCCCGACACCUUAGCCAACAUCAAGUCCGACGAAAAGCCCGUCCGACGCUCCAGUGUCAAAAAAAUCGAGAAAAUGAAGGAGAAGAGACGAGCUAAGUACACAGAGAACAAGCUGAAGGCAAUCAAGGCCAGGAAUGAGUACCUGCUCGCUCUCGAGGCCACCAACAGCUGUGUCUUCAAAUAUUACAUCCACGACCUCUCUGACAUCAUUGACUGCUGUGACCUAGGUUACCAUGCUAGCCUGCACCGCGCCAUGAGGACCUACCUAUCUGCAGAGCAGAACGUAGAGACGUCCAAACACUCUGGCCUGGAGACGCUGGAGGGAGCCGGAGAGAGUCUGGAGGCAAACGGGGACAAACAGAAACUGAUGGAGACCUACAAUAAUGUCUUCUGUCCCCCUGCUCGUUUUGACUUCCAGUCUCAUAUGGGAGACACGAUGGGAGUAGUGUGUGCACAGCAGCCGCUGGAAAGCGAGCUGCUCCAGAGGUGUCAGCAGUUGCAGUCUCGCCUCUCCACACUCAAGAUUGAGAAUGAAGAGGUGAAGAAAACCAUGGAGGCCACUCUGGCCACCAUCCAAGACAUGGUGACGGUGGAGGACUACGAUGUCUCGGAGUGCUUUCACCACAGCAACAGCAUGGAGUCGGUUAAGUCCACUUUCAGUGAAUCCUAUCUCAGUAAGCCCAGUUUGGCCAAACGACGGGCCAAUCAGCAGGAGACGGAGCAGUUCUACUUCACGAAGCUGAAGGAGUUUCUGGAAGGCAGGAACCUGAUCACCAAGCUGGAGGCCAAGCAUGACCUCAUCGACAAGACCAUGGGAGAGAGUCAGAAGACUGACUGUUGCCUUGCCAGUGGACGGAGAAACUCUGCGGUAAGGAAUCAGGAGUCUGGUGAGGUAAUUCCUCUGAUGGUCAAGAGCUGCAUCCGCUUCAUCAGUCGCCAUGGUCUGCAGCAUGAGGGAAUCUUCAGAGUGUCAGGUUCUCAGGUGGAAGUCAAUGACAUCAAGAAUGCCUUUGAGAGAGGUGAGGACCCGCUGGCAGGGGAGCAGAAUGACCACGACAUGGACUCCAUUGCUGGCGUCCUGAAACUCUACUUUAGAGGUCUGGACCACGCCCUCUUCCCAAAGGAAGUCUUCCAUGACCUCAUAUCCUGUGUCUCCAUGGAAAGUCUUCAGGAGCGGGCAGUGCACAUUAAGAAAAUUCUGCAAUCUCUGCCGAGCAAAACCCUUAUCAUUAUGAGAUACCUGUUCUCCUUCCUCAACCACUUGUCCCAAAACAGCGAGGAUAACAUGAUGGACCCAUACAACCUGGCCAUCUGUUUCGGUCCCACCCUGAUGUCUGUACCCGAGGGCAACGACCAGGUCUCUUGCCAGGCCCAUGUCAACGAGCUCAUUAAAACUAUCAUCAUCCACCAUGACACCAUCUUCCCCGGACUGCAGGACCUGCAGGGCCCCAUCUACAUCAUCCCUGGUGCUGGAGAUGACUUCUGUGACGGUCCACACUGUGAUCCCCCCCUUGUGGAGAAGCCUGCGCCUUACACCGUCUCUGUUACCCACAACAGCGAAGAUGGCUCCUUGGCUGUUUCAGAGUCUGACCCCUUCGAAGCCAUAGCUCGGUUCGACUACUCCGGCCGGACUAGUCGGGAGCUAUCGUUCAAGAAAGGCGCAUCUCUGCUUCUGUACCAGCGAGCUUCUGACGACUGGUGGGAGGGACGACAUAACGGAGUGGAUGGACUGGUGGCUCACCAGUACAUUGUGAUACAAGAAAUGUCUGACGGGGGCAGGGGAAGUCCAAAGCCCGAUGUAGACAGCAGGGACCUGCUGGAGGAGAGAGUGUCCACUAGAGGGAGUGCUGCCUCUCCUACUGGGGCUCAUGUGGCUGACCUCUACCUGGCCAACCUGAACAAGUUGAGGAAACGUCCGGAGUCCGGGAGCAUCCGAAGAGCGUUCCGUAGCUCAGAGAGCGAGAGUACUAGUCCAGGGGCUAACGGAGGGGGAGGAGGAGGAGGAGGAGGAGGAGUGAGAACCGCUUCUCUUCCUGUUGGUGGGGCUCUUGUCAAAGAAACCGGCGAUAAACGACCGGUCAGCGCUCACAGCAUCCUCAACUCAGUCACCCGCCACUCCUCUCUCAAGACCAAGGUGGAGAGUCCACAGCUGCGCAAGACAACGACAGCAGGGCGCUCCAAGAGCUUCAGCAACCACAGGCCAUUGGACCCUGAGGUCAUCGCCCAAGUGGAGCACAGCUCCCAGGACAUUGAGGCUGUGAUGAGCUCUGCCCUGAGUGAGCUCAGUAAGUUGGAAAGACAGAGCAGCUCGAAGCACGCACACGCCCCCGACGUGGUUCUAGACACACUGGAGCAGCUGAAAGGUGUGGGUGGUGGAGGAGGAGGAGGAGCAUCCGAGCCCUCUAGUCCACUCCACUCCCGUCUGAUAAGGGACAGUGAGGGGGGCUCCUCACAUGCACACCCACUUCAGCGCAGCGCCUCCUCCGCCAGCGACGUGCCCUCCUCCUUCCGCCCGGUCAAGAGCCAACGGAGCCCUUUGCCCUCUGCCACAUCCCCCUCUCUCUCCUCUUCCUCUCUCUCCUCAUCUGUACCUUCCUUUAGAGAGCUGCGCCCCCCAGCUACAAGGCCUAAACCGGUCGUGUUCCCAAAGAGUGGGAGUGGCAGUCCAGCCAUGGGUUCCCCAACCUCUACUGUGCCCCCUACACCUCCUCCUCCACUUACAGGCCACACACACUCUCUCCCUCACACCCCUCCUCCUCCACCUCCACCCCAGUCUACUGACAAAUCCUGCCCGGCUUAGGACUUCUCAAGCUGACCCACAAUACUGAUUCUUACAGCUCUUCUAACAGGUGCAAAAAGCACUUCCUUUGUUUUACAUAAGACCUGUCCCACGACUCACGUGUAGCAUUCCCUUGUUGUUAGCAAGGCAAAUUCUUAAGAUGCCAUGUUCCCUUUAGAGUGUAGAGUUUUUCUUCCCUCUCCUGGCAGCUCUGCUUACUGCAGUUCAACUAUCAGAGGGCGCAGAUUAGUGAACACCCUUCAAAGACACUUCUUCAUCUUUUGCCUCCGCAGAGACCUCCCAGGCAUCACUGGAUUAUAUUUCAUUAUUUUUGACAAGGGAACAGGACUCAGGAUGGACACCUACAGAGCUAAAGCUUACACACACUAGUUUGGGAUGUUUGAAAUUGUGCUUGAGUGGGUGUACAGGAGUGUUACUUGCCUAUACACAAAGAUCUAAGCGAGGAACAAAAAGCACUGUUUGAUUUUAUAUAGUAGACAUGACCGUUUUUUCAUUUCUUUUUAAUGACCCAUGUUUAACGGACUGGAAGGGAGUGUUUGAUUCCUGAGAAUAGACUGUGAAAUGCUAAGCUCUCCCUGCGUAGAAAUUAAACACACUGACUUGCUGCUUCAAAAGUUGAAGACUUGAGAUAAAGGUGGACGUUUCGGAUGAUGAAAGGAAAGGUAACUGGGCCAAAUAUCAGUGUAAGAUCGAGAGCUUUAUUUGAUCUCUUCCUCCAGUGUUUGAUAUUUUGGUGAUUUUUUUAAUGACUGUUCAUCCCUCGUACCACAACAGGGGCAUAGUAGGAGCAGUAUUGUCCAAAGUUUAAUAUGGCCACUAGUAAUUCUAAAUACACAUAUAGCAAUACAGAUGAUGUAAGCUGAUACUUUGAUGCAUUUUGCUGCUUCCCUCCUGUAGCUCUAUUAUGUGUGUAGAGAACCACUGAAACCCAGCAUUCUUUAUAGAUAAUGUUGGACUGUACCCAUGUGCACGCAUUCUCUCAAAAUGUGUGUGUGAGUGUUUUGUGGCAGCUAAACGCCUUUCAGGUUUUCCUCGCAUGCUGGGGCUAUGUACAGCGGCCACUAUGGCGAGCUGGCUGAUUGCAUCAGUUUCUAUAUCUGCAGCACUAGCCAGGCACAGGACAACUUCAUACAAAGUUACAGCUUGCUCCUUUAAAAAUAUACUUCACACUUAACAGUACAAAGGGUUAUAUUAUUUUCAUGGUGUGUAUGUAUGUUUAAUAAUCAUGGUGAUAACUGGAAGCAUGGAGCUGAGAAUCAUCUUAAGUGUGUUUUUAAAAAGAAGCAACCAACCACCUCAUCCACUGCGUUCUUAAGAAAAGAUGCUUUUGUUGUUAUUUUUAGUUCCCAGUUGUUAAUUAAUGCUCAGAAUCUGUAAUGGUAAAAUGUUGAACUGUGUAGCUGUCUGGGUGUGUGCAUGUGUGUGGAUGUAGAGUAUGUAUGCACCCUGAACCCACCCCUUACAAUGCCCACCCACCAUAAAGGGAUGGCACCCAACAGCAACUGUCUGGAAGAGACACAGGAGGACCAGCGGCCUUAGUGCUGAAUAAAUAUGCACUGUGUGUAAAUGUGAUCAGAAGAAACCGGAGACAACCCAUAUCCAAGGGCUUUACUUAUUUGUUGUAUAUAUAAGUUUUGCAAAAAUGUAUUGUUGCAAAAUUUGAUUUGAUGAUAAAUUAAGUAAUAUGUGAAUAAUUUUGCAAACACUGACUCCAAAAGUGGACACAUGCCAUUUAGGGUAAACUGAAUAAUACCUUUUUUGUUGUAUUUCACCUUCUUAAAACGGUAUUGAACUCAUUUUACUGAGGCGUCCUCAUAUUCCCCUCGAUCACGCCUCUCCUCCCAAAAAUACAGCAUAUACUGCAUUCCUGUAUGCUCUCUAACAGGUAAUGAAUUAUACUUGUAAAGGUGUAUUUGUUAUCUCUGUAUACUGUUUGUGUAUUACCUGGCGUAUUUGUGUUAUUCUUACCUCAUCUUGACAACUGGAGGGACUGUGACUGUGUGUGUGUUUGUGGGGAGAAAUGAAUUCCCCUUACACGCAUACAUAUACAGACAUGCAUGUGGUUGGCUGGUGUGUUUUGUCCCGGCUGUGCCGUCAAGGGGAACUGGGACCCUCUUCGAUCUCAAAUCAAUCAUUGUGCACUUGAACUUGGCUUGUGUGUUGACUAACUGUGGGGAUCAUUUGUCAGCAUUGAAUAUUGUUAAAUAUGCAUUUUGUGUCCAUUUGAAAGCAGCAGAACAAAACAAAAAAAAGACUAAUAUCUAAUCUAUUUAUAGUUGUCUCUGUAUACCUGGAGAAUCCUGUGUUCAGAUGUACUUUGUAUAUACAAUGUUGUACAUUACAGAGGUACACUCUUUUUUGGUACAAUAUUGUACAGUAAUAGCAAUAGUAGUUUAAUCAAAUAGGCCUUAUAUAAUUCUAUGUGUAGUUCUUGUAGUAAAACAGUUUUUUUAAUAAACAUUGCUUGCUAUA